UCUCAACAGCAUCAACACACCACACAUAUCCUACUCCACCAACAACACCAUUUGUUAAAGAUGCCACAUAUACAAGGCGUGGACUUACUGGUGCAAGUAAAGCAAAACAUAAGCUCCAACUCUCCAGCAUUGAUGAAGAGUCACCAACAUUUGAAUCAUAUGGAACUGGAGAAGUUUCAAGUCCAAUGGCAGGCACCUCAGGAGUUGGACGGCAACUAUGGAAAGCAGGAAAGCAGGCAUUUGAAGAGGAUGAGGGUGAGGAGUAUAAUAUGAGUAGAGGAUAUGAUGAUAGCAGUGAUGAGGAGCUGUCUGGAGAUGGACAGGAUGAUGAUAAGAAUGUUGAACAAUUAUUGAAUGAAAGUCAUGGUACAACAGUUCAGAAUAUCCUUGAUCAAACUGAUCUAGCUGGAAAACAGGUAGCUGAUUACAUUAGAGGAUCAUUGAGCAAGGACAAUGACGAUUUUGAUGACACUUUUGGGCCAAGAGUGAGAGACAAUGCUUACUACCCAGGCAAUAAGUAUUUAACUUUUGGAGAGAAUGGUGAUGAAAUUGUGCUGACUGACCCUGUAGAUCAGGAAGAAAAGACCUUCACAGCUACAUUGGGACUUUGUGAGUUGAUUUUUAAGAAGAAUCCGAAUCGUGUAUUAGUUGAAUCUGCUGACAGACAGGCCUAUGGAGAAAUAUUGAACUGGACCAGUGUGUACAGACAGAACAAUGAUCCAAGAGGUGAGAUUGUUAACUACAACAAAGCCAAGUAUAAGAAUACAAUCAAACGCCUUUUGGAUGAUAGCAGAGAUGGUGGUCAAAGACAUUCUGAGAGACAAGUGACUGGGAGAGGAUCUAUUGCUCCAAGGCGUGAUUUUAGUAAGGAGAAAAGUCAGAAGAUCUAUAGAGGAAGAGGUGUUCUGUCAGCUAUCAAGGGAGCUGCUGGUACAAUAGUUAAUAAGGCAAUCGACAUUCUACCAGUUGAACUUCAUAUCCCUGGCUAUCAAUACUGUGGACCAGGAACAAAACUUCAGAAGCGAUUAGCACAAGGUGAUCCAGGAAUCAACAAACUUGAUCAGGCUUGUAAGGAGCAUGAUAUUGCCUAUUCCAAGAGUGGUGAUACAGCAAGCAGAGCAGUAGCAGACAGCAUCUUGGCAGAGAGAGCCUGGGACAGAGUGAGAUCUGAUGAUGCGGGGGUGUUGGAAAAAGCUGCAGCACUAGCAGUCACCAACAUUAUGAAGGCUAAGGCAAAAUUUGGGGGAGGUAUGAAAAGAUCAUUGAAGGAAGUCAGCAGGGUGGUCGAGAAGGGGAAGAAACAAAAGAUUCAACCAUCGAAGAAAAAAUCAAUGAAAGGAGGUCGAGGUCUUUACUUGAGACAAAUGCUCAUGCUCAGCCGGCGGGACAAAUGCCAGCCGCAGCAGGUAGACUGUUGGUGGCGGUCGGACGACCGGUGA